GUACUACUAUUGCUACCUUAUAUGGUUAUAUGCGUAUGUAUUCUAUAUAAUGCGUUUCUCUAAACUGAUCAUAACCCUAUACAGAACGGUAUUACAGUGGACUGUUACAAUGAAAGCAAAAAUGUUAGCCGUUAUCCUGAUCAUUCUUGGAAUGUUCGUUUUGCAAGACGUCGAUGCAUUUUUUGGUUGCCCAAAUAACAUGUACAGGUGUAUAAUGCACUGUCAGAGAAUAGGAUGUCGUUCGGGCUAUUGUGAUCUUAGGACUUUUGAUCGAAGAUGCACAUGCGUCGCCUGUAGACAUUAUGAUGACAUGGAAGUCAUGACAGAUGAAUAAGCAGUUCAUGUUUAUUUCCAUAAAAUUCAAUAAAUUUCAAUAAAUUCAAUGACAUGAGCACAGGGUAGUUUCGAACUGACUGACUAGAGAUUAAUAAAAAAAAUCAUGUGUAUAAAAACAACCAGAAAUACUCCAUGUUGUUUAACUUCAUACAUAGAAACCGUAUAAUUAAAAACAAGUGCUGAAUUCUCUGAACAAAACAAAGAUUUUCAUGUUUCAAUUUCUUAAAGAUGAUGCAUGGAACACUAUGCUGAACAUUUUAUAGUGGCUGAUUUCCGGCUUACGUUCUCGCGUGGCAGCUCCUUUACUUGUCGUAUCGACGCGCUUGUUUGUUGUCCUUGACUCGUUUGAAGGGCACUAAAUGGUCAGUAACACACUAUCCUCUCCAACCAUUGCCUUAAUAUCAUCAAUGGUUACUCUCUUUCAGACUAGCAGUUCCCGCGUUAUAUUUCGUAGCUCUUUCCAAUAAGAACAUAAUUCUUAGUUGUAUUUGAGCCAGCGUACACGAGUGCGUAUAAUUCAAAAAUAAAUAUCUCAAUUAU